AUGGGCGUAGGUCUGCCAUUCACCCCGUCCAGGGCAUUAUUAUCACUCUUCAUCGCAUUACUCGUAUUCUACUGCCUUUUCAGCGAAAUAUCAGGCCCCAGCAUUCAAUUCAUCCCCAGCAGCUAUGACUGGAGCAAACACACCCUCCGGUAUCCAUUGACCAUCAGCAGCAUGGCCAAACCCCCGCGAGGAUCACCAGUCAAUUUGCCACGUAUCCAGCACGACUUCUCCAAUCCCGAAUUGAGGAAACGUGAACUUGAGACCGCGGAUCAGAGGAAGAAAGACAUCAAGCAGGCAUUUAAAAAGACUUGGAGGUCUUAUGAGAAGUAUGCUUGGGGAAGCGAUGAAUUGAAGCCUUUGAGCUUGGAGGGUCGUGAUACUUUUGGUGGGUGGGCUGCCACCAUCUGCGACAAUCUCGACACGUUGUGGAUCAUGGGUAUGAAGCGGGAAUUUUACAGAGCCGUUGACUUUGUGACUCGCAUGGACUGGGAUAUUCCGACCGCCGAUGGAUUCAACGUUUUUGAGACUACGAUUCGACAUCUUGGUGGUUUACUGUCAGCGUAUGAACUCAGUGGAGAGAACGCCUUGCUGGCCAAGGCAAUUGAACUGGGAGAUCUUUUGUACGGUACUUUCGACAACCCUGAGCAUAUGCCACCGCACACGAUCAGAUUCAAGACCCUCAAGGAAGGGUUGGGUCAUCCAGAACCGCGACAGAGCGCUGCUAGUUUGGGUAGUAUGAGCAUGGAGUUCACCCGUUUAUCGCAACAGACCGGCAACCCUAAGUACUACGAUGCCAUCGAUUACAUCACUAAAGCAUUUGAACGAACACAAAACGAGACUGCCAUUCCAGGAUUAUGGCCUCUUCAGAUAAAUGCUGAGGACGGCUUCAAGAUUACCGACGAGACAUUUGGUAUGGGCGCCAACGGCGACUCACUGUAUGAGUACCUCAUCAAGGAGUACGUUCUUUUACAAGGUCUCGAACCCAAGUAUGGGAAGAUGUACCUGGCUGCCGCCGAAGCUGGAAUUAAGCACCUGAUGUUCCGACCGAUGCUUCCCGAUCAAGAUGACGUUCUCAUGCUGGGCGAAGCGUCGUUCCCCCCUCGAGUCAAGGAGUCGCGAUUGAGUACAGGCGUGGAGCAUUUGACCUGCUUCGCUGGAGGCAUGUAUGCCCUUGGCGGCAGAGCUCUGGGACGAGAUGACCACGUUGUUAUUGGCGAGAAGCUCGCUCGUGGAUGUGCAAAGGCCUACGCUGCGUAUCCCAGUGGCCUCAUGCCAGAAAUCGUGCAAGUCGAACGCUGUCCGACCCUCGAGCCCUGCGCCUUCGAGCCAAAGUAUAAAAAAGAGCCUCUCGGUUUCCGCGCAAGAGAGGCAUCAUACCUUCUUCGACCCGAGACCAUCGAGUCUAUUUUCUACCUGUAUCGUAUCACUGGCAAAGAAGACCUUCGCGACAUUGCGUGGAACAUGUGGACUGCGAUCCGCGCUGCUACUGAGACGGAUAACGCGUUUGCGGCGGUGGAGGAUGUCGGUGCUGAAGAGAUCAAGCAUAAAGAUUAUAUGGAGAGCUUUUGGAUGGCUGAGACGUUGAAGUAUUUCUAUCUGAUCUUUGAGGAUGAGGAAGUUAUUAGUUUGGAUGAGUGGGUGUUCAACACGGAGGCUCAUCCAUUGAGACGCAUGGCUAGUUGA